CUCAUUCAUUCACUCACUAACUCAUUCAUUCAUUCAUUCAUUCAUUCAUUCAUUCAUUCAAUAAGUAGUUUUUUCCUGAGAGCCAACUCUGAGUCAGGCCCACAUCAGGUUUCAGGGAGGGAGGGCAGUGGCUGGAAAGAGAGGUGGGUUUAUUCAUUUAUUCGCCAUUAAACAAAACUUUCUGGAGAGGCUAUGGGUCUGCAGCACUGAAGAUGGCUGGACAGAUGGACGGAUGGACAAUAGACACACAGAUUCCCCGGCUGUGCGUUCUGGGGGAAGCAUCCCUGCAGUAGUCACCUGAAGCGAGGCUGCCCCCCCACCCCGCCCGCUGCCCUCUUAUUUUCUCCGACAGAGGCAACCAUCUGGUUGGCCGAGGUGGCACCUCCAAGGGGGCCUCAGCAGGCUGCAGGCUGUUGGCAGGCCCACAGAGGACAUGACCCUGUCAGCGUGCCAAGGCCUGCAUGUGGGAACCAAGAAAAUGGUGCACCUGGACCACAGGCUAUCAGCAACGCCCUCCAUGCUGCUCCGAGGCCCUCAUUCCAGCCAGGAAUUUCUCAGCAGCGACCCCAGCACUGUGCAGCAGAGGGAUCCGCCAGCCUUUGUCAGUUCGUGGCCCCUCUGUGCAGAACCCACCGGGUGCCCAGCCCACAGGGUGAGGACACUGAGGCGGGGGCGCUCCGCCGUGGGCUCCAGACCUACGCGCCUUGGGGAAGGGGCCAGGCAGUCCUCGGAGAGGAAUUCAGGGGCGCCUGGCCUUGUCCCCCACCGCAGAGACAGAGGCAAAGCCAGGGAGGCCAGCUGAGGCCCGCGGGGGUCCAGGGAGAAGCCGACACGAGACUGGGCCGGGGUGGGAUCCGCCUGCCAGCACGUGGUCCCCUGCCCAGCGAGGACCCGCACGGAGUCCUGCCUGCAGGAGUUCCCUCGCAGUGCCGCAGAUGCAGCAAGGGAUGUGUGGGCGCUGAGGUCCUUGGUGCCAGGACAGUGGGGCCAGGCGGCCGCCCCCAGGGUGACAGCCGCCUGGACGGGAGUGGAGGUGCGGGUGCUCACUUGGGGUUGGCUGAGCCCGGGGGGCUGGCUGCUCCCGCCGGUGAGAACACUCUCGGCGGGGCUCGGAGGGGCCUCCCCAUGAAGCCACAGCCUGCGUUUUUCUCAACUUCAUUCCUGGAUGAGAAACUGGCCCCGGGGCUUACGAUGGACUCUCUUCUCCAGCUGCAGCCCCGAAGGCGGGAUGGCCGUGUCCGGCCCCGGGGGUCCCGCCUCCACAACACCCACUCUCCCAGUCAAGACUCCCAGGACCCUCGCGAGCCCGUGGUGGGGCCGCCCCAGGGCCAGCAGGUCGCGUGGGGCACACCCCAUCCUGAAGCAUUCGUGUUUUUUCAGUGAGACAGACUCGCACGUGUUCUGUGCCUGACUACCUUCAAUGGUCAAUUUUAUUAUAAACAACGGUAUCAAAAUAUACAAAUCUGUGUAAGAACAACCAGGAACUGCAGCUUUUUUAAGGGCCAAAUGGGCAUGAACCAUUUCCAAGGUGGCAGCUUCGCCUCCGCCAUCCCCUGGAGAAACAGGGGUGUGAGGACCGCAUUUCCAGGAUGUCAGUCUGAAUAAUUUAAAGGGCAGGUCUGGCCUCCGGACGCGCAUCAUAAAUCUUCACGUGAGGGCGGCUGUGUUGGGUCUUCUUCUGUGACUUCUGCCGGGAAACAAACACAGAUCGUCGGGUAAAAUCCCAGCACGAGAGGCGCUGAGGGUGUGGCGGCCAGGUUUCCGCGGGGACGGUCCCGAGCCCCCACGGCUGGGGGCAUCCAGGCAGGAGGUGCGGCCGCAGGGCGUUUCGGGCCUGCCCUCUGCUUCGGGUGCAGAAGACAGGGAUGGCGAGGCGCUCCCCCAUCGGCCGGGGCCAACAGGAGCUUGGACGAUGGUGAGGGGUGCAGGCGGGGAGGCCCCCCAGGACAUGUUGGGGGCGGAGGUGGCACGUGGCCCUGCUCCCCGCGGACACUGGGUUCGUCCCUGUCCUUGGCGCCCAGGGCUGACUAUGAGCACCUGGCUGUGCCCCUGCGCCUCUCGGCCCGGCUCAGGGUCGGGCAGCUCCCGGAGUCUGCGUCUGGUCUUCCUCGUUCAGGAAAACUCUGCGUCAGUGUCCUUUGGACACCGCCCCUGCCCCUUUGGCUCCACGUUCUUCCACAACUUCUACGAGACCGUCACGGAAGAGCCGUGUCCCCAGAACAUGGGGCCAUCCUAACCCCAGAACUGUGAACUGGGGGCGCUUUACGGACGGUCAGGGUGAGGGGAGGUCACUGCGGUGGGUCCGUAUAGGAAGAGGGAAACUGGGACAUGGACACACAGGCCACGAGAAGGCCACGUGGACAGAGGCAGGCAUCGGAGGGUCGCAGCUGUAAGCCAGGGAAAGCCGAGCCUGACCCGCCGGAAGCGGGCACAGGCGGGCACAGACGGGCCGAUCCUGCCCCACAGGCUCGGGGCGGUGCCGGCCCCAGGCUCUCGGGAAGCCCCCGCGGGGACGGCCGCCGGCCUCUCCUGCCGGCCCGCCCGCCGCC